AUGAGCGAACAAAAGGAAGACCUGUUCAAACCAGUCGGCGAAGCGGCUGCAGAGAUCGAAGAUGAAACUAUGGCUGAUGGCCAAGAAGGCGAUGACGGCGUUAAGUUAACCGGUGCGGAAGAUGCUAUGGGACACCCAGUGCAAGAGAUCGAGUCUCUCUGUAUGAAUUGCGGAAAAAAUGGUACAACCAGGCUUCUGCUGACCUCCAUCCCCUAUUUCAGAGAGAUCAUUAUCAUGUCAUUUGAAUGUCCUCAUUGCGGGUUCAAGAACUGUGAGAUACAACCUGCUUCUGAAAUACAAGAAAAGGGUUCUCGUUACUCCUUGAAAGUGGAGUGCCGUGAAGACUUCAACCGAGAAGUCAUCAAAUCUGAAACCGCCAGUUGUAAAUUUGUCGAGCUAGAUAUUGAGAUUCCUGCCAAGAGAGGCCAAUUGACCACGGUAGAGGGUUUACUAUCAGAAAUGAUUGACGAUUUGUCACAAGACCAAGAAAUGAGAAAAUCCAUAGACGAGACCCUUCACAACAAGAUCGACAAUUUCAUUAAAAAAGUUAGAUCCUACAUCAAUUGCGAACCCAACACCAUUCCUAUAACUUUUGUUUUGGAUGACCCCGCGGGCAACUCCUGGAUCGAAUACAAGCCUGGUGAGCCUCAACACAAGUGGUCUCAUACUCAGUACGUGAGAACCGAUGAGCAAAACGUUCAAGUCGGCAUUAUUACAAAAGACCAGUUGGAACAACGUCGCCAAGAAAAAUUGAAGCAGUUGGCCAGCCGAGAAAGAAACCCGUCUGAAUCUGUUAAAGUCGGUUCAGCAAACCCACAGUUUCUUUCAGAUGCCACUGACAUCGAGAACUUUAACAACGAAGUGCAAACAUUCAGAGCUUCUUGUCCAUCGUGCACUCACGAGUGUGAAACCCAUAUGAAGCCAGUCAAUAUUCCACAUUUUAAAGAAGUUAUUAUCAUGUCUACAGUGUGCGAUCAUUGUGGAUACAAAUCCAACGAGGUGAAGACGGGUGGCGCCAUCCCGGAAAAGGGGAGAAGAAUCACCUUAUAUUGUGACGACGCGGCCGAUCUGUCCCGUGAUAUCCUGAAGUCUGAAUCAUGUAGCAUGGUCAUUCCUGAACUACAUCUUGAUAUUCAAGAAGGCACAUUGGGUGGUAGAUUUACCACCUUGGAAGGCUUGCUAAGGCAGAUUUACGAAGAAUUGGAGUCUCGUAUUUUCACUCAAACUUCCGAUUCCAUGGACGAAGCAACAAAAACUCGUUGGAUAGAAUUUUUCGCGAAGUUGAAGGAAGCCAUUGCCGGGAAGGUCAAAUUCACUGUUGUCAUGGAAGAUCCGUUGGCCGGCUCGUACAUACAGAAUGUUUAUGCCCCAGAUCCAGAUCCAAACAUGACUAUCGAAGAUUACGAAAGAACAAAUGAACAAAAUGAUGACCUGGGAUUGUCCGAUAUUAAGGUUGAGUAA